CAUAUAGAAACGGCACCGAAUCGGCCGAAUCUCUGUCCAUGCUUGAGCAACGCGUUGGCUUGAGAUCUUGAUGCCCGUCUUAAUGAACGUUCGGACGAGUUGGACACCGAGUUGAACGGACAGAAUUUACGGGCGAAGUUUACAAAGUAUUUCCCAAGCCCCACACAGUCCUAUAGAUACCAUAACAGUGAGAAGCAUAGAGUUUCUUAUAAUAAAGCAUCUAGGAAACUCUAUGGUCAGAAGGACCGAUCGCAUCUCAUGGUUUCACUAAAGCACGUAUAAAAACGUUCAUGGCACUUCUCGUGCUCGACAAGAUAUACUCCAGCCGUAUUAAAGCUAUCGACGAAAGAAUUGAAGAAACGUUGGAGGAGAUUGACAGAUAUUUAAAGAACGGAAAUCAAAAGGACUUGACAAAGCACCGAAAAAGCUCAUUUCACAGCUUGGAAAGCAUUUCAACAGACCACAAUGCAGUCAAAGAAUGCCUGCAAAAGAUGCUGCACUUGUGUCAUGAGCAGCCAGACUCAAUGGAAGCCAUGUUCAGUAUCCUCAAGAAGAUGGCCCAGCAUUCCUUGCCUUUCCAAGCAGCUUGUGACUGUGGUAUAUGCACUGACUGUUUGGAAGAUGCUUGUGAUAAUGCCUGCAAGAAGCAGCAUACACGCAUAGGAAGCGCAAAGGAAUGCUCAUCAGGCUCUCAGUCAAGUGAAGAUGUCAAGUCUCUGUGGUGCAGCAUAUGUUACCACAUUCAAGCCUACAUAACUCGCCGCCUUGUUAGCAACAAAGAAGUGCUUUCCUCUAAGCAAGGUCUUGUCCAUGACACCAACUGGGAGAGCUACUUUGAAAUGCUGCGCCUUCUGUUUGUUCCUGGCCAGAUACAGCGCAUUCACCAGUGGGUUCGUUCAGAGCAGUUGCGAUGUGCCAGGUGUCCUUGCAAGCCCACAUUUUCGACAUGUUGUGUCAGCUGCCUGAUACAGUGGUGUAUACAAAGCCUGGCUAGAGACGUAGCAAUGAGGCCUUCCUUGGGUAAAACAUGGCAUGAUCUCAGUGAGUGCUACAUAUCCAGUGUACGUGCCAAUGUAAUGCUGUGCCUCCAGGACCUGCGCAGCCACUGGCAGAGAAGACAUGAAGUCAAGGACAAGUCACACUUCUUACCAUGCCUUCUGAAUCCAAAUUCUUGCUGGGCACACAGACACACCGAACAUAGUCACGACACCAAGUCUUGUAGUGCAGAUGUGGGAUUACAGCAAAGUGAUAGUUACAUUGAGUGGACUGAUCACUGGAUUGUGGUGGCAGCUGUCAACCUCAUUAAUGAACUGCACUGGUUUGAGCAGCAGCUUAGUGGAAUUAGCUGCAGAACAUGGGCUGUGCUAUCCAAAAGCCCACAACAAUCAUCAGCUGAUGGCACAACAGCAUGGGAUGAGCCUUGCAUUUGGGACUGGCGACAGCUGCUGACAAACUCUGGUGUCCUCACAAUGCUUCAGCAGAGCAUUCAAGACCUCAUCCAGAUAAAGUGGCCUCUUCACCAAAAAGACAGUGUAUCAGUUGAACUAGCUGGCACAAAACUUCAAGUCACUGAUAGUGCAUUCCAUGCUGUUCACUACUUGGCCGUCUAUGGACCAGCCAUAAGUGCCUGCCAAGGAGUGCUGGAACCCUUCCGUGCUUCAUUCAUACAUGCUGUGCAUGUUGCCUUGGGCCAAGCUAUAGAAGACCUGGAAACCAGAUUUGGGCACACGAGCCACCUGCCCCACAACCUUUAUGUCAUGCUCAACACAGGCUGUUACUUGGAAAAUUCUUUGCUGAACUGUGCCUCUGCACUUUCAGUAAGAAAUGAGGGCAUUUCAUCAGCACCAUUUCAUGGCCUGCAACAGAGAGUCACAGCAGCUAUUAAACACACUGAGAAACUAAUUUUCGUGCAUCACCUUAAAUGGCUGGCAAGCUGCAUUGCCCCAAGCAGCAACAGUGCAUUAGACCUUAAGAGAGCAUGCGCCUGGAACCUGUAUGUUAAAGCCUUGUGCAAUGACCUCAAAUGUCAAGUAGGUCCCAGUCAAUGUAGCUGUGCCUUGAGGCAGCUUCUCACUGAAAUGCUCAGGCAGGCAAGAUCACUGAAAAUGUUGUCCGAGGAGCCUGAACUAAGAUUAGUUCUGCACAGUGCAUAUGAUGCACUUUUCUUAGUGUGCAGCAACACCCAAGAACUCCUCGGGUUGCCUGCAAGCCCAGUUGCAGCAGGACCCAUUGCUGAACUUCAUAGGCACUGCAAUGCUCUGUUCACCUCAGUAUCCAUAAAAGACUCUGCCACAGCACAGCAGCAUGAUGAACAGCAGCCUGACAACAAACAUGAUCCACAACAGCCACACCAACAGGCCCCUUGGCUCUGCUUCAUACAGCCUUCCCUGUUCCCUGGUCCUCCCUGGGCACAGCUCCCUACAAACACCCGAAUCUGGCUUCCAUUGGCCUUGUGCCUGGCCAGUGAGAGACCGCACCCACUGCUGCUCCUACAGUGCCUGACAGCAGCAGAGGGCACACUGUCCACACUCUUGGCUUCUCAGGCAGCCAGCCAAGCCAAAUCUUAUGAAGUUGCAGAUGAAGAGCAGCACUUGUUGAAUGCCCUGCUCAGUAUACUCAUGCUGUGUGACCACCACGAAGGUGAACUCACCAGUGUACUGGUGAGUGUUGUCGAAAAGUUAGAUGGGUGGCGAGAGUUUGAAUCCACAUCACUUGGCAAGGCUAAAUCAGAGAGGGCCUGGUGGUUUCAGUCACUGCAAGGUCUGCUGAUGCCUUAUCUGCAGAGUGUUGUAGCAAGCCUUGCAACACCAAUCCUCACAAGUACUCGAGAGAAGCAGUGCUUGUGGCUGCAUCAAAUGUGGGACGAGAUCGAGCAGCACUCCCAAACUUCAAGUAACCUACAGGGGGAGAGCCUGUUGGUGGAACUGCUAUCAUGUACCAUGGCUGUGGUACCAACUUUUCCAGCACCACUACUGGCCUGCUUGACCAGGCUAGGUGGGCUUGUUUCCAAAGUUGGUGUGGUCUCUGCUAGCAACUCAGCCGCCAUGCAGGUGCUGCUGUCUACACUCUACGACAUUCUUCAUAGCUCGAAGGAACUGGACAAGCUCUUUGGAUCUCGACUUGACUCAAAGAUAAACCUAGAGUGUGCUCACAUUGCGAAUGAUAUGAUAGCACAUGCACUGCAGCUUACUCAACGCCAGGAAGAUGAACUACUUGGAAGCCAUGAUUGUGAUCAGCGAGUGCUCAACUGCUUGGACUUGCUGGCUGGAUUAUUCACUGCAGAGAGGAAUGCAUCUUGGGAAGAAAGCCUCUCUCAGACAGCUGAAGAUAUUACUCUGGAUUUGGUUGCAGAACAGCUGAUGAGAACACCACAAGGCCCACAGAACAUCAAGUAUUUGCACACUGUGCUUCGUCAAAAUGAGACCUGGAUAAGACACACCCUAGCCAUCCCACCAUCGGACCACCAUGAUGUUACACUGCCAUUGCAGAGCACGCUUGAUCUCAGGAGCAGUCAUCAGACAACAAAGGAACACAAGUUCAACCCUCUAGAAGCAUAUGCCACCUGCCUACAUAUUGCACAAAACUAUGACAAGACUUCUACUCCAUAAUAAAGCUUUUUAUAAAAUUC